CACUAUGAUGAAGCUGUUUGAAGAGAGCCUGCGUAGAAAGUUCGAAGCUGAUGCCAGGGAUACUAAACUAUCACUUGAAAGAGUAUUAGAUGUACAGCUGAGAGGGAAGAAGACAGCAAGUUUGCCUAAAAGGCCAGGAAAGAGGUUGAAAACCCAAACAGAGAUGCCCAGUCCGAGAGACAUCGUUGAAGAAGGCAAAUAUGGAAAAGACUCGAUGACAGAUGUUGAGCUUGGCUUAAACUGUUUACGUAUCAGCCCGAGAUGUGAACAGUUUAAGCCUUGCAUUAUGGAAGAAUCGCCCGGUGAUUCUUCCAUAAUGCAUGAUGAUUUUAAGCCUAUCAACAAACAUAUGGACAGAGUGACAUUAACAGAUGUAGGCAAUGCUAAACAAGGUCACUGCGGUGUUGUUGAAAAAGCAAAAACUCACCCUAGUGGUGAUACUAUCAUAAUUUAUGGAAGGAAGAUCAAUGAAGAAGGAUCCAGUGUGGGUGAAGCUUUUCAACUGGCGACUAAGGAUCUCAAAGGUACUUGGGAGGAUGAGGAAGUGGUGGCUGAAAACGUUCAAGUUGGUUCAGUUGUUAAAUACGUUCAAGUAGGGGAUGAAUUCCUCUUUCAAGGAAACACGAAACGUCCACGAUGGGUGAGCAGGCUUUUUUAUUAUUUUUUUACUUCGAUUUGGAAUAACUUGCUGUCUAGAAAAAAGUAAUCCCUAGAUAGUGCUUUUGAAACGUUCGAACUGUUCAUACA